AACGGAACUCGGGAGCCCAUUUUUGCUGGCAGAGCGCUCUGGCCACCACAGGCACCCCUGACAGGAGUGACAUCAAGCUGGCCAUACCCACCCUGGCCCCUCCACCCCAGCCCACCAAGGUCAAACACAACCCUGAUGCGGCCCUCAAUGAAAUUGAGUUUGACACCCCUGUUCUAGAUGAAAGUUAGGUUGUAAAUUAGUGAAUUAUGAGCUGGAAGAUGAGACAGGCCAAGGCUCACAUUCUAGCUGAGACCCCGAAAGACCCUCUGCCUUUGUUUCAUGGCUCUGAAGCUUGUUCUGGUCAUGCUGUACAGGGCGUGUGAGCAGCAAAAGCCACACAUGCAAGGCAGGGCUGUCUUGGAGGGCAUCAAACCCAUUAAGAGCCCCUCAAAAAUUAACUCCAUCGAUUCUGACAUAACUAGCAGAUCAUGUUUGCUCUUCAGCCGAUCGGCAAGGCUGGUUAUUCACUGCGAAAGUGGAGGGGCUUCAGACCAACAUUUUCCCCCAGUCUGAAGGCAUCUGGUCCACCUGCUCCUUGCCUCCUACUCCCGGUUCAGUGGAAACUUUCAGAGCAGCUUCCCACCUGCCAAGUGAAAUGUUUGCAUCAUGUGUGUAAUGGGUGACUAAGCACACAUUCCUGACUUAGAGAUUCAGACAGUGCUCCAGCAUUCUUCCCAAAGGGUUCAACAGACUGGUCGGGUGCAAAUCUCAAGCAGGAUGAGCGCACUUCAGCAAGUGGUUCGAGGUAAGAUCCUGAUCCUGACAAUCUGUGCAGCUGGGAUUGGUGGCACUUUUCAGUAUGGCUACAAUCUCACCAUCAUCAACGCCCCCACUGUGUUCAUCCAGUCCUUUAUUAAUGAAACCUGGCUGAAUCGCACUGGAGCUGCCUUGGAGGCAAAAGUGAUCACGCUGGUCUGGUCCUUCAUUGUUGCCGUGUAUCCUUUGGGGGGCCUGGUUGGAGCACUAAUUGCUGCUCCCAUGGCUGUGAAGAUGGGCAGGAAGAAAUCUUUACUGCUGAACAACGCAUUUGUGGCCCUUGCUGCACUGCUGGUGGGGUUCAGCCGGAUGGCGAAAUCCUUUGAAAUGAUCUUGCUGAGCAGAUUUUUUGCUGGCAUCAAUUCUGGUAGGAUUGGAGGCCUCCACAUUUCCCAAGAACCUCAGGCUUACUUUUGGCUUCUUGCAGCUUUGCAACAACUGAGGGGCAGCAGCGACCUGAGCAGCGAGAUGAAAGAAAUCCUGGCAGAGCAGGCAGCCCUCCAGGGACAGGUGGCCAAGGCACCCUGGGAGCUAUGGAGGAACCGGGCUGUCCGUUGGCAGUUUAUCACUGUGGUGGUGCUCAGCAGUGCCAUGCAGCUCUGUGGCAAUGAUUCCAUGUACUCCUACGCCUCAUAUGUGUUCCAAGAGGCAGGGAUUCCAUAUGACAAGAUCCAGUACAGCGUUAUUGGCACCGGGAGUUGUGAGCUUAUCAUGUCCAUGACUUGUAACCUCCUCAUCGAGUGCGUUGGGCGACGGGUGCUGCUCAUAGGGGGAUACAGCCUCAUGGCUACCUGGGCCAUCCUGUUCAUGGUAGCGUUAUCUCUACAGGACCAAUUCAGCUGGAUGCCUUAUCUCAGCAUGGCCUGCAUCUUUGCCUACAUCCUGAGCUUUGGCAUCGGACCAGCUGGUGUGACAGGAAUUAUACCCACGGAGAUUUUUGAUCAGGUCGCCCGCCCGGCUGCUUACACAAUCAGCGGUUCUGUGCUCUGGAUCAACUUAUUUCUAGUGGGCCUAGCAUUUCCUUUUGUGAUGGAAAGUCUUGGCUAUUACUGCUACCUACCAUUCUUCAUGGUCUGUGUUGGAACCGCUCUCUAUGUCUGGUUUUUCCUCCCGGAGACGAAAGGAAAGAGCUUCCUAGAAAUCUCAGAAGAGUUUAUUAAGCGUAACUUUGGAGAACUUUUAUUGGACCCCACCCGGAUGCCAGCUCCUUGUUGGACUUUCAGUGGAUGUAUUUGGCGGCGGAGCUAAUUGCACUGCGAGAUUCCCCCCUCUCGCAGACGUGGCCCUCCACAUUAUCGAGGGGUCAAUGACGGGUUUUGGGACCCAGAGAGGCGGCAUGUGAAAAAAAGGGGGUUGAGGGAUUUUUUUAAAAGGGUAGCAGGGAAGC